ACGCACAUUUUAUUUAUCUGAUGACUUGUGUUCAAUCAGUGACGUUUUAUGUUGUUUAGUGUAUGAUUAUGAAAACAUAUUUAAAUUUAUAAUGUUAUAGUAAAUAUCUAAUAAUAAGUAUCAUGGAUUCUGACGACGAAGAGGAUAAUCACGGACUAGAAUGGGACACACUGGAAACAAUUACUAAAUUCGACGGUGUACACACUCAGGAAAAACAAUCGUCGAUUUCGAGUCCGGCUUCUACCGAACUGAUCGGAAAUGGACUUAAAAGUCGAGUAGCGUCCAAGACAAGUACACCGGUUUCGCUCUUGGUGGAAAGUCUUGUUCAACAGUUAUGCGCCCUACUGGAAACAGAUCCGAAACGCUCCCAGGAGUUAUAUAGUAAGAUCUGUGAACGACUCCAUGCUAUUAACUUAAUUGAUGAAACAUAUGCAAUGGGCGAGUUUGAAAUGAUGCGAAGUCAAUAUCAGAAGGCACUAUAUCAAUUAGUUAGUAUUGCACGUGGAGAAAAUUUGCCAGUUGCCGUGUUGGAAAACAUUUGGCCUCUACAACAACCAGCUGGUUUAGAAUGGUCGCGUUAUUACCGGGAAUUCACCGAACUAGAAUUUAUAGCUGGUGGGGGAUUUGGAAAGGUUUAUCGAGCAAAAAACAAUCUCGAUGGAACUGUGUAUGCGGUGAAAAAAAUUACUAUACAAGCAACUACUAUCAAAAACGUGUUGGUGCACUUGGCCGAAGUAAAAACACUUGCUAGUUUGAAUCAUGUCAAUAUUGUACCGUAUAAAGCAGCGUGGUUGGAACCGCUGUUAGCUAGUGGGGCGGAAGCAGGUGAUGCACGUCCAGAAAAAGGACCUGGGUGGGAGAUGACCUCAUUGGAAGAUAAUGAUGAAACAUCUGAAAGUGUGUCAUUUAGUUUUUCUCGAGAAAUUCAGACGAAAUCUCGUCGAAAGAAAUCAUCUUUAGACGAUUCACUCAAGCGCCGUGAUGAUACUGAUGAUUUUAGUAUUCAUUUCGAAAACAGUCAAGAUGGAACGGAGGAAUAUGAUCAACAAUUAGCAGAACUCGAAGAAGCACGUGGAAGUGUUUUUAGCAUAGAAGAAACACAGCCCCAUGUGAAGCUAAAAUGGGCUACUCUUUACAUCCAAAUGACACUGUGUCACAUAACCCUCCGAGAAUGGCUAGAUGAUCGUAAUCGUCUGUCUAGUUUUGAUGAAUUUUAUGCCCAAUUUCUUCGGAAUGCACAACGGACUUAUCCACCAAGUGCUAUCGCAAGGAAUUCGUUCUGUCGUCAAACAUCGUCUAUCAGUUCUAACAGCUCUGGGGAAGACAUUUCAAAGCAAAUAUACACCAAUACACCUAGUCCAAGGCAGGAUGAUAAAGAUCUGAACAAUUCUCCCCAACACCUAGACGUGGUGACUGAUGUUCUCAAUCAGUUGCUAAACGGUCUUACUUACAUUCAUUCAAGGGGCAUUGUCCAUCACGACAUCAAACCAAGUAACAUUUUUGUUAGCGUUAACGAUUAUGAUAAAUCCAUUUCCAUCCAACUGGGGGAUUUUGGGUUAGCUUGUCCACUACAAAAUUCUCACACUGGAGUUGGUUUUGGAACGCCUCUGUACGCCGCUCCUGAACAACUGGCAGGCAAAUGCGAUCCAAAGUCUGAUAUUUACAGUUUAGGAAUCAUCCUGCUUGAAUUGCUUAUAGCUUUCGAUACGGACAUGGGCAGAGCUGAGAUGAUAAAGGAAGUGCGAAGAGGUAAGUUUCCUAAAGAUCUGGACCCAGAGUAUGGUAGUCUUCUGACAAAACUUCUAAGUACUCGGCCGACGAAAAGACCUGAUACUUUUGCGCUUACCGAGGCCGUUAACUGUAUGAAAUUGAAUCGCGAUAAAGUGAUUUCUGAACUACGAAGAAGUCUUUCGCUACAAGAGGAAGAAAUUGAUGCGCUGAAAAGAAAAAUUGAGCAACAGAGUCGCCAGCGGGAAGAUUCGUUGGACGAGGUUAGUCAGUUAGAAAUGCGGACAUCUGAGACACUGAUCGUGAAAGAACAGGAACUGAUCUACAAGACAAUGGAGAUUGAAAGUAAAAUUCAACAACUACAGUUCAAGGAGCUCGAACUUCGAACGAAAGAUGCUGAGAUAGAUCGGCUUAGACGGUUACUGAAAACAUACCAGGAAAAAGAUGAGCAAGUAGAUAAGCACUGAUUCUCUGCCAAUUCAUUUUUAUGUUAUUCUAUCAUUACCACUUAUAUACUAUUUGAUCGAGUAAGAGAAUUUUGUAGAUGCGUUAUGAAUACUUUGAAUUUUGUAGAUGCGUUAUGAAUAAACACCAAUAAACAGUAUACCGAUUAGUUUUUGCUAUGUU